UCAGCGCGCGACGCUGAGUCGUUUGAAGACGAGCGGGGAAAAUGGCGGCGAUGGCGGCGGCCCCGGCCCUUCACGGCGGCGGCUCCGGCCCCUCGGGCCCGGCCCUCUCCCGCCUCCCGGUCCGCGGUGCCCGGGCCAAGCGCCCGGCGGCCGCGCAGGAGGAGGCGGCGGCGCCGGAGCAGAAACGGUCCCGGCCCGGUCCCGCUGCCUCCGCCACGGCCCGGGCGGCCGGUGGGGGCCGUGCUCCGCUCAAGCCUCUCAGUGUGGCGGCAGCGUCCAGGCCCGGUGCCCCCCGAAAGGCGGUCUCGGCCGCAGCCGCACCCCGGGCGGGUGCCCCCCCAGCGGCGCCAGCCCCCUCCUCCCGCCCCAAACGAGCCGCUUGGGACCUGAAGGGCCAAGUGAGCGACUUACGGGCGGCGCUAGGGGGUUACCGGGAGAAGGCCCAGGGCUUGGCCGAGGAGAACCGGGAGCUCCGCGAACGCCUGGAGGCGCUCCAACGGGAUCUACAGGAACGGGAAUCCCGGGAGAACCACCUCAGCCAGCGCCUGGAGGUGCUGGAAGCGGAGCUGCUCGCGUGCCGGGAGGAAUCGGGCCGCUGGCGUCGGGAAGCCGAGGGUUUGGCGAGGGAGAAGCGGCGGCUGGAGGAGGAGGAGGAGCGACGCGGGAGGGCGCUGGCUGAGGCCGAAGGGAAGGCGCGGGAUCUCGGCGAUCGCCUGCAGGAGACGGAGGCGCAGCUGGGCCUGGCGGCGGCGGCGCUGGAGCAGCAAACGGCGCAGGCGGGUGAGCUGCGGGCGCAGGCGACCGCCCAGGAGCAGCGCUUGGAGCAGCAGGACCGUCGGCUCCACAACCUGGAGAUGGAGCGACGCCGCCUCCAUAACCUCGUCCAGGAGCUCAAGGGUAACAUCCGCGUGUUUUGCCGCGUGCGGCCGGUGCUGCCCGAGGAAGAGGAGCAGCAGAAAGGCCUGGCCCAUCUCCACUUCCCCCCCGAGGACAACAAGGUGCUGGUGCUCUCCCGACCAGACGAGUCGCACGUGGGGCGCGAGCGCCGCCCCGACGUCCGCUACGACUUCAGCUUCGACCGCGUCUUCCCGCCGGCCUCGUCGCAGCAGGAGGUCUUCGAGGAGGUGGCGCUGCUCGUGCAGUCGGCGCUGGACGGGUACCACGUCUGCAUCUUCGCCUACGGGCAGACGGGCAGCGGGAAGACGUACACGAUGGAGGGACCCCCCGCGCCCCCCGCGCCCCCCACCCACACCCGGGGCGUCACCCCCCGCGCCGUGGGGCACCUCUUCCGCGCCGCCCGCGACCUGGCGCCCGAGGGCUGGGAGUACGAUUUCAGCGCUAGUUUCCUGGAGAUUUACAACGAAGCCUUGCGGGACCUUCUCGCCUCCCCCUCGCGCCGGGGGGACCUGGAAAUCCGCCGCGUCAGCUCGGCCAGCGACGAGCUCCACGUCCCCAACCUCCGCCGCGUCCCCGUCGCCUCCGAGGAGGAGGUCCUGGAGCUGCUGCGGACGGCGGCCGCCAACCGCUCGGUGGCGCGGACGGCGCUGAACGAUCGCUCCUCUCGGAGCCACUGCGUCUUCCAGCUCCACAUCCAGGGCCGGAACCCGGCCCGGGACCUGCGCUGUGCAUCCGUGCUGAGCCUGGUGGACCUGGCGGGCAGCGAGCGGCUGGACAAGUCGCUGUCGAGGGGGGAGCGGCUGCGCGAGACCCAGGCCAUCAACGCCAGCCUCUCGGCGCUGGGGCUCGUCAUCGCCGCCCUCUCCAACAAGGAGCCCCACGUGCCCUAUCGCAACAGCAAGCUGACCUACCUGCUGCAGAACUCCCUGGGGGGCUCCGCCAAGAUGCUGAUGUUUGUGAACAUCUCGCCCCUGGAGGAGAAUUUCACCGAGACGCUCAACUCCCUGCGCUUCGCCAGCAAGGUCAACGAGUGCAUGGUGGGCACGGCCCACGCCAACCGGAAGUAGCCCCUCCCUCGUCCCGCCCCCUCUUCCGCUGUCUUUAGAGAGACCCAAUAAAGUUUCCCAUCCGGUCGGA